UGCGGCGUCGGAGGCGAGUUGAGGUGGAGGCAGGCUGCGGCUGCGAAGGCGUCAGCAGUGGCGGCGGCGCCAUGGCAGGACUCGCAGGAUCCCUGCUGCCUUGGUGAUCCCGGGCAGACAGCCAGAGACCACAGCGGCUCAGCUCCUGGAGAGCGAGGGUUGAAGAAAGCAGAGGGCAGCCGCCCGCACCCACUGGCUCCCAUUAGGUCGGUUCCUGCAGCAGUGCCCGGUGGCCUUGGCAAAGGCCCUGUCCAGCAGAGAUCAUGUAUUGCCUCCAGUGGCUGCUGCCCGUCUUCCUCAUCCCCAAGCCCCUCAACCCUGCCCUGUGGUUCAGCCACUCCAUGUUCAUGGGCUUCUACCUGCUCAGCUUCCUCCUGGAACGGAAGCCUUGCACAAUUUGUGCCUUGGUUUUCCUGGCAGCCCUGUUCCUCAUCUGCUAUAGCUGCUGGAGAAACUGUUUCCUGUACCACUGCUCCGAUUCCCCGCUUCCGGAAUCGGCACAUGACCCUGGCGUUGUGGGCACCUAACAGCCAGCCCGGUUAGCUUUCCAAGGAAGCAGAAGACGGGAGGGGAGGCAUUGACAUAAGUCAUAAAGCAUUGGAGUUUCAAAUCCCGCGGCCCUGUGGGAGCCACAUUCCUAAUGGCGCCUUUUUGGCCUGUGACGUUUUAUCCUUAUAAUGUGAAUAAUAGCACUGACCGGUGCUUUUAUCGUAGAGUCCUGUAGUCGUGGGUGGUCUUGUGGUUGUGUGUGUUCUGUCCCCAUCUUGGCCCCUGACUGGCAGGAUGGCCACCCCCCUCGCCUCAUUCCCACGAGGAGCCUGCACCCAUCCUGGUCAACUGCCCCAGCAUGAUCCGGGCAGAUAAAAUGCCAGUCUCAUUGUCACCUCUGUGACCCUUCCUUGUCAGAGUGUUACUGACUCCUCCGUCCCUCUCUUGGCUUCCUGUUAGUUCUCUUUAGCCCUUUCCUUUUUUGGGGAGCACCUGUCCAAGACAGGGCUCAGUUUUGCACUUAUCUCGAAUAUAAAGAGAUUGCUGAUGCCCGAGAGCCUCGCUUUUUCAUUCUUCUUCCCUGGCCGGCAGGCUAGACAGAAUUGUGUCUUGACUGCUGUCCACAAAUCUUCAGUAUUUUCCCCACUUCAUUUUGAAGGAAGAAGUAACAGAUACAUGUUGCUCUUUCACCUGGGGGUCUGGGCUCCUGCUCAGCAGCCCAGCUUCGCUUCCUCUGCCCUUCCUCCUGCCUUUCUCAACUGUCGCAAGGAGGGGGCCUCAUUUUGUCUCCCAUGCAUGCUCUGCAGGAUUG